CCCUCCUCCGCCCGCCGCCCCGCCCCCGCCGGCGGCGCCGCGCCCCUCCCCCAACCGCCCGACUAGCAUGGUGCGGCGGCCGCGCGCGCCGACAUGGGGGAGAAGCUGGAGCUGAGGCUCAAGUCGCCCGUAGGGGCCGAGCCCGCCGUCUACCCGUGGCCGCUGCCGGUCUACGACAAACACCACGAUGCUGCUCACGAAAUCAUCGAGACCAUCCGGUGGGUCUGUGAAGAGAUCCCGGACCUCAAGCUCGCUAUGGAGAACUACGUUUUAAUCGACUACGACACCAAAAGCUUCGAGAGCAUGCAGAGGCUCUGUGAUAAGUACAACCGCGCCAUCGACAGCAUCCACCAGCUGUGGAAGGGGACCACUCAGCCCAUGAAACUGAACACCCGGCCGUCCAACGGGCUCCUGCGGCACAUCCUGCAGCAGGUGUAUAACCACUCGGUGACGGACCCCGAGAAGCUCAACAACUAUGAGCCCUUCUCCCCGGAGGUGUACGGGGAGACCUCCUUUGACCUGGUCGCGCAGAUGAUCGACGAGAUCAAGAUGACCGAGGACGACCUGUUUGUGGACCUGGGCAGCGGAGUGGGCCAGGUCGUGCUCCAGGUGGCCGCGGCCACCAACUGCAAACAUCACUACGGCGUGGAGAAAGCUGACAUCCCAGCCAAGUACGCGGAGACCAUGGACCGAGAGUUCAGGAAGUGGAUGAAAUGGUAUGGAAAAAAGCAUGCAGAAUACACACUGGAAAGAGGCGACUUCCUCUCGGAGGAGUGGAGAGAGCGGAUUGCCAACACAAGUGUUAUAUUUGUGAAUAACUUUGCCUUUGGUCCUGAGGUGGAUCACCAGCUGAAGGAGCGGUUUGCGAACAUGAAGGAAGGCGGCAGAAUUGUGUCCUCGAAGCCCUUUGCGCCUCUGAACUUCAGAAUAAACAGCAGAAACUUGAGCGACAUCGGCACCAUCAUGCGCGUCGUGGAGCUCUCGCCCCUGAAGGGCUCUGUGUCCUGGACGGGGAAGCCGGUCUCCUACUACCUGCACACCAUCGACCGCACCAUACUUGAAAACUAUUUUUCUAGUCUGAAAAACCCAAAACUCAGGGAGGAGCAAGAGGCGGCUCGGCGCCGGCAGCAGCGAGAGAACAAGAGCAACACGACCACUCCCACCAAGGUGCCCGAGAGCAAAGCUGCCGUGGCCGCGGACACCCCCGUGGAUUCCGGUGCCGAGGAAGAGAAGGCUGGGACGACCGCCAUCAAAAAGCCGUCCCCCUCCAAAGCCCGGAAGAAGAAGCUGAACAAGAAGGGGCGGAAAAUGGCCGGCAGGAAGCGCGGGCGCCCCAAGAAGAUGAGCGCUGCCAACCCCGAGCGCAAGCCCCGGAAGAGCCAAACUGCACUGGACCUCCUGCACGCCCCGGCCUCGUCGCAGACGGCGGCGCCCUCGCCACAGGAUGCGUACAGGUCACCUCAUAGCCCCUUCUAUCAGCUACCUCCCUGCGUGCAGCGGCACGCCCCCGACCGGCCGCUGCUGGCAGCCACCCCGCCCGCACUGCAGAAGCUGCUAGAAUCCUUCAAGGUUCAGUACCUGCAGUUCUUGGCCUACACCAAGACCGCCCAGUACAAGGCCAGCCUUCAGCAGCUGCUGGACCAGGAGAAGGAGAAGAACGCCCGGCUGCUGGGGGCCGCACAGCAGCUGUUUGGCCACUGCCAGGCCCAGAAAGAGGAGAUCAAGAGGCUCUUCCAGCAGAAACUGGAUGAGCUGGGGGUGAAGGCGCUGACCUACAACGACCUGAUUCAGGCGCAGAAGGAGAUCUCAGCCCAUAACCAGCAGCUGAGGGAGCAGACGGAGCAGCUGCAGGAGGACAACAGGGAGCUGAGGAGCCAGAGCCUGCAGCUGCUCAAGGCUCGGUGUGAGGAGUUGAAACUGGACUGGUCCACGCUGUCGCUGGAGAACCUGCUGAAGGAGAAGCAGGCCCUGAGGAGCCAGAUCUCCGAGAAGCAGAGGCACUGCCUGGAGCUGCAGAUCAGCAUCGUGGAGCUGGAGAAGAGCCAGCGGCAGCAAGAGCUUCUGCAGCUCAAGUCCUGCGUGCCGCCCGACGACGCCCUGUCAGCGCACCUGCGCGGGAAAGGCGCCCUGGGCCGGGAGCCGGAGGCGGACCCCGGCCGGCUGCACCUCGACCUGGACUGCCCUAGGUUCUCCCUGCCGCACUUCAGCGCCAGCCCGGAACUCUCCAUGAACGGCCACGCGGCCAGCUACGAGCUCUGCGGUGCGCUGAGCCGGCCCCCGUCCAAGCAGAACACCCCCCAGUACCUGGCCUCCCCGCUGGACCAGGAGGUGGUGCCCUGCACCCCCAGCCACGGCAGCCGGCCAAGGCUCGAGAAGGUGUCUGGCCUGGCCUUGCCGGACUACACCAGGCUGUCCCCGGCCAAGCUGGUGCUGAGGCGGCACCUCAGCCAGGACCACGCGGCCGGCGGCAAGACGGCAGCCGGGGAGCUGCACCCGCGAGCCGAGCACGCCAAGGAGAACGGCCUUCCGUACCAGAGCCCGGGCAUCGCCAACGGCAUCAAGCUGAGCCCUCAGGACCCCCGGCCCUCAUCCCCCGUGGCCUUACAGAUGACAGGGGAGAGGGGCAGCGAGAAGGGUUUGAAGGAGCGUGCCUAUGCCAGCAGCGGGGAGGCCAUCACCAGCCUGCCCGUCAGCAUCCCGCUCAGCACCGUGCAGCCCAGCAAGCUGCCCGUCAGCAUCCCUCUGGCCAGCGUGGUGCUGCCCAGCCGUGCCGAGAAAGUGAGAAGCACCCCCAGCCCCGUGCCGCAGACCCGAGAGUCCUUGUCCACACUUGAAAAGCAGAUGGGCGCUAAUGCACACAGCGCCGGAAGCAAAAGUCUCGCCCCAGCCCCUGCAGGCUUCUACGCGGGCUCGGUGGCCGUCAGCCCAGCCCCCCUCGCUUCCGGAGCAGAUCCCGGCACCUUUGACGAGGUCCCCAGCGCAGGCGGUCUGUUUGCCAGCGUGGGGCCCUGUGGCUCCACCCCGCAGCACCCGCCCCUGCUGCCGCAGCCCCGCGGCUCUGGCGCAGCCUCGCCCGCCCACCCGCUCUGCGCCAGCCCCCGCCUGGGCGGCGCCGCCCAGGGUCCGCUCCCUGACGCCAACAAGGGGGACCUUCCUCCCGAGGCCGGCUUCUCGGACCCCGAGGGCGAAGCCAAGCGGAGGAUCGUCUUCACUGUCUCGGCCGGCGGGGGCAGCACCAAGCAGUCGCCUCCCAGCAAGCCCAGCCCUCUGCCCACGGGCGGCCGUGGGGACGGCAGCCAGGGCCACGGGCAGGACAGCCGCAAGCGGGGCAGAAGGAAGCGGGCGGCGGCAGGGACCCCCGGCCUGAGCUCAGGCGUGUCGCCCAAGCGCCGGGCCCUGCCGUCCGUGGCCGGCCUCUUCACGCAGUCUUCAGGGUCCCCCCUGAACCUCAACUCCAUGGUUAGCAACAUUAACCAGCCUUUGGAAAUCACGGCCAUUUCGUCCCCUGAGAGCCUGAAGAGCUCCCCUGUCCCCUACCAGGACAGCGACCAGCCGCCCGUCCUCAAGAAGGAGAAGCCCCUGAGCCAGACCAACGGGGCCCACUACUCCCCACUGACCUCGGACGAGGAGCAGGGCUCCGAGGAUGAGCCGGGCAGCACCAGAAUUGAGAGAAAAAUUGCGACAAUCUCCUUAGAAAGCAGAUCUCCCCCGAAAACCUUGGAAAACGGUGGUGGCCUGGCUGGGAGGAAGCCGACCCCUGCCGGUGAGCCCACCAACAGCAGCAAGUGGAAGUCUACCUUUUCGCCCAUCUCCGACCUCGGCCUGGCCAAGUGCGCCGACAGCCCGCUGCAGGCCGGCUCCACCCUGAGCCAGAACUCCCUGUUCGCUUUCCGGCCCCCCCUGGAGGAGCCCGGCGCGGCCGACGCCAAGCUGGCCGCCCACCCCAGGAAAAGCUUUCCCGGUGCCCUGUCGGGGGCAGGCGGGCUGAGCCCAAGCAGCAACCCUCCCAACGGCUUCGCCUUCAGCGGGGGCCUGGCCGCCGACCUCAGUUUACACAGCUUCAGUGAUGGUGCUUCUCUCUCCCACAAGGUCCCCGAGGCGGCAGGCCUGGGCGCCCCCCUGAGCUUUCCCGCCCCCCGGGGCAAGGACAGCGCUGCAGAGCCUGGGCCCUUUGUGAACAAGAGGCAGCUGGACGGCGCGGGCGGCCCCAAGGGCAGGGAGGCAGGCGAGCCGGGCCCCUCGGCGUGUGGGCCCCCGGACAAGGCCUCGCUGGCGCACGGCAAGCCGGGCAAGGGCCGGGACCGUGAGCCCGACCUGAAGAACGGCCACAACCUCUUCAUUGCAGCCGCCAACGUGCCCCCCGGGGGCCUCCUCAGUGGCCCGGGCCUCGCUACGGCGGCGUCCUCAGUGGUCAGCGCGGCCCCCUCCGCCCAGGCGCACCGCCCCUUCCUGGGCACAUUUGCCCCCGGCCCGCAGUUCGCUCUGGGCCCCAUGUCGCUGCAGGCCAACCUGGGCUCGUCUGUGCUGCAGUCCCUGUUUGGCUCCGUGCCGGCCGCCGGCCUGGUGCACGUCUCGUCCGCCGCAACCAGACUGACCAACUCGCACGCCAUGGGCAGCUUUCCCUCCGGGGUGGCAGGCGGCGCAGUUGGAGGUGUCUUUAACCACGCGGUGCCUUCCGCCUCCGCUCAUCCGUUUGGAGCCAGUUUCGGCAGCGGGGCUGCUUGUCGCAGCGCCACGCUGAGCUUAACCCCGCUGCAGGCGGUGGCCGGCGCCCCGCCCCCGCCCCCACCGGGGCAGCCUGCCCUCCCCGCGCCCCCUCCCCCUAACGCCGCCUUGCCUCCCGCCCCCGCGCUGCUCCCGGCUAACUCUGAGCCCGCGCUUCUGCAGAACCUCGCGUCCCUCCCGGCUAACCAGGCUUUCUUACCCGCCUCCUCUGCCGCCUCUCUGCAGCCUGCUAACGCCUCUCUGUCCAUCAAGCUCGCCUCCCUCCCGCACAAGGCCCCCCGCCCCUCCUUCACGGUGCACCACCAGCCCCUGCCCGGGCUGGCCCUGGCCCAGGCCGCGCCCGUGAUCCCACAGGCCAGCUCCACGGGGCCGUCCGCCGUGUGGGUUUCCCUUGGCAUGCCGCCUCCGUAUGCCGCGCGCCUUGCGGGGGUUAAGCCAAGAUAAAGACCUUGCUUAGCUAGCGGUUCGUAUUCUGUAAGGUAAGGCUAGAGCCCAACCAGGGGGCCCGUAUGAGACCCUGAACUGUCUGUCCUUCCUUCCACAGAGAGUGGACGGGCCCGCAGGGCUCCGAGGAGGGGCCCAGGGGACCCAGGCUGUUCUGCCUCGGGUGGAGACGGUCGGUUCUGAGAGGUGCAAGGGAAAGCCAGGGAAACCGGGGCUGGCCGUGUGUACCAGCCUCCAGGACGGCUGAGCAGCCGCCACGGAGCUCGAGGGAGUGGCCGGCUCUCGCUGCCCGGCCCAGACCUUUAGGGCAAGCCCCAUGGGCCCCCGGCCACAGGGGCAGCUCGGAGCUCAGCCUCGCCGUCUGUCUGCUCUUGGGCCUCCCGCAGCCUGUCUCCCCGGUGCGCUUUGUAGGUCUUAAGGAAAAGGCAGUGUGUAGACGGCCAUCCAAACUUGGCGUUCGAGCCUCGGGCUCCUGAGCUGGAGCCCCCUGCCUGCAGGCCCUGGGAGCCAGUGGGUAUGGGGCUGCGUGGCACCGGCCAGAGAGGAAGGGGCUGCCUAGGUCGUGGGCAGCGCUUUGUGCUGGUGGCCGCAGCACACAGCCCCUCCUGCUCGGAGGAACGCGGCCCCUGCCUUGGGGCGGUCAGUGGAGGUUCAGCGGAGGGCAGUGUAGGAAGGGCCCGUGCUUGGAAACGGGUGAGGAAGGUCUCUGUGAGGCCUGUUCGGGGAGGGCUUGCGCCCGCUCCUCUGCCGGCCGUGUGCCCGCGUUAGGAAGCCAGGCCCUGGUGCAGCUGGCGUGGCCACUUCUGGUGCUGCUUGGUGUCCCUGGGGGUGAGGGGCCUUCCAGGCGAGGACUUGAGAAAAGGAAGCCGGGCGCUGACAGGGUGCUGGGGCCGGGCCGUCCUCAACCGUCUGCCGCGUGUUUAAGUGGAAACAGACGGGAGGGGCGGGGGCCGCUGGAGUCUGAUGCCCUCCCAGUCAGAGUGCAGGUCGGUAGACAGCCCGGACUGAGGUUGUGCCUCAGUCCUGUUGGAAAAGUCCAGAAGGUAGAGCAGCCUUCGCGUGUGGUGGCCUCACGCUGUCAGAGCAGGCGUUUUGUGCGGCCGAGACUGGCUUCGAAGAGGUCAGAGGUGUACGCGUGGAAGCGUCUGGGCAGCAGGCUCCGGUCCUGGCCCACAGUGGACCACUGCUGCUGUCGCACGCGGUCCCCCCGCCCCGCGGGGCGGGACUGUGAGCAGUGCCUGGCAGGUGGCGGCCCGGGAGGGCCUCGGCUCCAAGGCUCCUGGGGAGGAGGGCCAGGGGGUGUGGACCGGGGGGCGGGGGGCGGGGCUGGGGAGGGGGCGGUCCCUGCCAGCAGAGGUGGGGCCUGCAGCGACCACAGCCUGUCUGUCUGACCGUGCGCCGCCAUUUGUCUGUAGGAGGUGUGGCUCCCUGGCCUGGGGGAAUGUGCGGGUCCGCCGAGCGGAACGCUAAUGCUGCCUUUUCCUCCCGCGCUGGUCUCCGCAGGUAACUAGGAUUCUACCUCAACCGUGAGACCUAUGCACGCACGGGCUGGGCCGGCGGUGCGGCAGCGGCCACGGGACGGCGGGACAGACCGAGGACAGGGGACGAGGCUCUACUGUGAAUCAGCGCUGCGCACACCUGCGGGAGAUGCUGGGGCCUGGCUCCAGCUCGUACUGUUGAUAGUUUUAGAUAAAGUAUUUAUCGUUUUUUAAAAAGUAUAAACAUUCUGACUUAUUUUACUCCACCGGAGUCGUAAAGGCGACCUAUUGAGAAAUGUAAAUACUAUAUAUGAGAGGAUCUAUAUAAAGACGUCCACCCGAAGGACUGGCCCCCCCGCGGACACGCUGACCGCCGGUCCCGGUGCUAUCUCGACGCGGGCCUCGCUGCCGCCUCGUCCUCUUGGUGCUGACUGGAGGUUGACCAACGCCAAACCCAGGCCGUGAGGCGCCUGCCCUGUUUGUCCCCGCCGCUCUUCCUAUACCAAAGGCACGGCUGUCUCCAGGCGGGGGGUGGCUCGCUCUGUUGUGACAUUCCUCAGAAGAAGCCCCCUCCCCAUCACUGUGAACGGCUCCCACCAGACUGUUGUCUCCCCACCCCCCCACCCCCCCCCCAGUCCUGGGAUCAGCGCCUUUGGCAUAGGAACGGCCGGUGGGCGUGGGAGGGCCAGGCCCUCCCCGCUCCUGCACGGAGCCCGUUCUGAGUGGUGCUCGCGAGGAAGGUCUGGUACCCGACUCCCCGCUGGCGUGGCCAGCUGGCACGGCAAGUGCGUUUACUUUUGUGCGUCUCUGCUCGUCUGGGGCUCACGCCGCCGUCCACCAAAGCGCGUAGUAAGCUCACGGCACGUUGGCCGGUGACGUGGGGCAGGUUAGUCAUGGGUGCCUGGUGUGUGUGUACAGAAGAGAGUCACGCUGAUGAGUGACAGUAUUUUAUAGAGAUGUGAUGAAAAUUUAUAAAUUUCAUAGACUUGACUUCAUUUAUUUUUAGAUUGUAUAACGCACAGUAAACUAAAAAAGAAAAGAGAAAAGUGAGGGGGGAAACCUUUCUAUUUAUUCAAGUGCACACAGUGGCAGGGGCCCAGGGCCGGCCCUCAGCCCCGGACUCUGCGUCACCGCGGCUCCUGGGGCAGAGUGGACCAGGCCCCGCGUCCUGCCCGUGUCUCUCUGGCCAGUUGGCAUUGCUGCUCCCGGUCUCAGCCGGCCCCUACCCCGGAGCAGCCUUGAUGGUGCUUGGGAAUGAAUGCACUGGGGGGGGGGGGGGGGGGGCAGGCGACCAGGGAAAAGUCAGGAGAGUCGUUUUAGAUGUUUCCAGACGUCGCCAGCAAGGUCCAGCAUAGCAGUCUGUGACUGGUCCCGGGUCCCCCAGCUGACCAGUGCUGUGUCUCUCCACAGUCUUCAGAAGGGUGCCCCCCCCCCCCGCCCCCCCGAAGCCUUCCAUCCCCUGAAAGGACCAACGUCAGCCAAGGUCCUGGGAGGGGACCUGAACCCCAAGACGGGGGAGGGGUCAGAGCCCUGUCCUCAGGUGCUUGCACCCACCGAGGAACACAGGCAGCUUGCCUCUUUCUGAAGGUGGGCUGUGUGUAGGGUCUAACCUGUUGCUCAGGUAAAGGCCUUGAGCUCCUGCCUCGUCUGGUCUGGCCAGCAAGGCUGCCUCCCUCCAAGUGUGGAUGUCAGGAGUCCUCUGCCUACCUGGGAGGGUCGGUGUGGUGGGCGGGCCGAGGCCAGGCCCCACUUCCUCCUCGCCCCCAGGGGCGGGGCUGGAGGACGGUUUCCUGCCUCCUGCCACCUCAAGAUGGCGGACCGGUCUACGCAGGCCAGGUCUGGCCACUGGCUCAGCUUUGGAAGUUGGCCGGACCCCUGGUUUCCACCAGCCAGACCCUCCCUGCAAGAGCCCUGCUUUCCUGCUUGCUCUGGGGGUGACGUCGCUAGUCCAGACCAAUAGUUGAGGCAGAAGAUGGUGCUCGUGAUGGGUUCUUGAAAUUGGCUCAUCCUCCUGUAACUGGUGGUCAUGGCUCCCUCCCUCUGGGCCGGUGCUCCCCGGCGUGUGAAGGUGCCGUGCCUCGCCCCUGUGAACCCCAAGCCCUGGCCUCCUGGACAAGGCGGUGUCUGCUCGGCCUCUCUGAGAGGGUGCCCCCCCACCCCGUGUCAGGAGCCCAGGGCUCCCUAAAAACUACAGGGUGCGCAGCGGAGAGGUCACGGCACAAGUCCCUGGUCUAGAACAGGGCAACCCUGUACACAAACACUGCAUCGCUUCGGGGGGUCCCCAGCGACGUGCCAUACGCACCCUCCCGAUAGAAACGGCGCACACACACACGAGCGUCGGUGUGCAAUCUCAGCGGCCCCGCUGUCCCUGGCGGGUUAGGCUAGGGAGUCUCCUUCCUGAGCCCCUCGGCCCUCCUGACCGCGGGACCAGCCCCCCCCCCCCCCCACCCGCCGCCAACAGCAAGGCCGGCUGUGGGAGGGAAGGCAGCGCAGCGGUGGUGCGCAAGGCCCCGGUGCCGCCGCUGACUGCGGGCACCUUCAGGGAAGUCCGGUGGGCCGCAGGGUGGCUCUGCUCAGGAAAACCCAACAAGGAAAACGGCCCCCCGGGCAGUCGCCGUUUCUCACAGCUACAGACUGACGCGUGUGAGCCUCAUGCGCCCCUCUUGAUCCACACCGCUCGCUCCACAGCAGGACACGGUUCCUUUCCGGCCCCUGUCCUCCUCCCCAUGGUCCAGCCACACUGGCUCGUUUUUCGUGUGUCCACCUUAAUUUGUAACUCAGAUGGGGCUUCGCUUUGUGUUUCUGGUAGACUGUGUUUCAGUUGGGGGUGGGUGCUGGCAUGGCCUGUCCCACCCCGGGCUGCUGCCUCGACCCUCCUCCUGUCCUAAGAGAACCCCAACACACUCUGCAUCUCCACCUCUAGGCGCUGUAAUAAAAUACUUUUCAUUUGAA